AUGCUCUUGAGAAUAGCACUGUUCUUUGCGUGCUUGGCGCUGCUCGUGCUGGCUACUGAGGAUUACUACAAGCUCCUCGGCCUCAGGAAGAAUGCUACCGACCGCGAAAUCAAGAAGGCUUACAAAAACCUCAAAAUCGCCGAAGCGUACGAGGUCCUCAGCGACGAGGAACAGCGAAAGAUCUACGACCAGUACGGCCAUGAGGGCAUUCAACAACGCAAGCAGGGCGGUGGACAGCGUCAAGGAGGAGAUCCGUUCGACCUCUUCUCGCGCUUCUUCGGUGGCUCAGGACACUUUGGACACCACGGCGGGGAGCGACGGGGACCAAACAUGGAAGUACGAGUCGCCGUUCCCCUCCGCGACUUCUACAAUGGGCGCAAGACGGAAUUCACGAUUGAGAAGCAAGCUGUAUGCUCGGCCUGCGAAGGUUCAGGCUCAGCAGAUGGCCACGUAGACACGUGCGACAAGUGCUCCGGAAGAGGUGUGGUUAUACAGCGUCAACAGCUUGCUCCUGGACUUUUCCAACAAGUGCAAAUGCACUGCGACAAGUGCGGCGGCAAAGGCAAGACCAUCAAGCACCCAUGCAAGGUCUGUGGCGGCAGUCGCGUCGUCCGCGAAUCCGAGACUCACGAUCUGGAAAUUGAGAAGGGCAUGCCCAAGGGUGUGCGCAUCACAUACGAGAACGAAGCCGACGAAAGCCCCGAUUACGUUGCGGGAGAUCUCGUCGUACAUCUCGCAGAGCAGGACCCUGCACUUGGCGAACAAGAUCACGAGCGUACAGAUGGCACCUUCUUCCGCCGGCGCGGCAAGGAUUUGUUCUGGCGCGAGGUCCUGUCUCUUCGGGAAGCAUGGAUGGGCGACUGGACACGCAACGUCACCCAUCUUGACGGCCACGUGGUAAAGCUCUCCCGCAAGCGCGGCGAAGUCGUGCAACCCAACACUAUCGAAAUCGUCAAGGAGGAGGGCAUGCCAAUAUGGCACCAGCAACUGGAAAACAACGAGGGCGAAGUAUACGGCGAUUUGCACGUCGAAUACGUGGUCGUACUACCAGACUUGAUGGAAAGUAAAAUGGAAAAGGACUUCUGGGCGACCUGGGAGAAGUACAGGAAGAAGGGCGGUGUCAAGCUAGACGAAGAAAUGGGCAGGCCCGAGGGAGGAAUCAAGUUUCCGAAAGAAGAUGAGGGGCAUGAUGAGUUAUAG